AUGAAGAUAAUAGCCCUCUUUAUUUUAUUUUAUUUUUUCGAGUUAUCCCAAGUUUCUGCCAAAAAAUGUUGCACAAGAAAAGUCAGUCAACAUAAAAUUCUAGAUUAUGUUAGAGCAAUUCGAAAUAAAUCAAGAGAAGAUCUUUUUGAUGUUCUUUCGGAAGAUUUCAAAUUGACACUUUGUGAUGGAAGAAUUCAAACACGUCAACAAAUUUAUGAUGAGAUCAAGAAAUUCGAUGUUUCGGUUCAAACAAAUCAUUUUAUUGUUCAAAAUGGAUCUCGAAAUGAUAAUGGAACAUUGAAGUUUACAAUCGAUAUUUUCAAUAAUGGAAGUGUUAUAUCAGAAAACUAUUUUGAAGCUCGAUUUGUUGGCGAAAAAUUGAUUUUGAUGUCAGAAAAGCAAAUGAAUUGUUUAGUGGAAAAAACAAUAACUACAAAUCUUGUCGAUGAAAAAAAUGUUGGAAAAAGACUUGCACAUCGUAUAAUUUAUGAUUAUUCAACAUCAUUGAGAUCUUUCAACAAAUCAUAUUUUGAACAAACUGUAACAUCGGACUUUGCAAUUGAUUUUUGUAAUAAGGAAUCAUUAAAUUCAACAAAUUUGAUGGAUUCGAAAAACCAAAUCUAUCAUCCAAGAUAUUUUUCACAAUCAGAUAUUCUUCAAGAUCAAACCGUAAUCCGAGAUGAUGUUUUGUUUUUUUAUAUUCUUGAUUCAAAUAUCACCAAUAUUUUCGAAUCUGUUUUUAGUCAAGGAAAAUAUCGUUUGAAAAAACACCAUGUGAUGAAUUGCACUGAUGUUCCGAACAACGAUUUAAAUUAUCGAGAAAUUGCAAAAGAAAUAUUCUACAAAUAUUGUCUCGCUAUAAAUUUGACAAGUUUAGGAAGAUUCUCAGAAGUUGUUCCAGAAACUUUUUCAGUAACUUAUUUGGAUGGAAGCAUUACAACAUUAACUAGAAGAGACUAUUUUUACAAGACAAUUAGUUAUCAAUUUUAUCAACCUAAUUAUUUCACACAAGGUUUCCAUGUUUUAACAGGAUCUAAUGAAAAAACUUUCACAUUCAAAGCAGCAAUAAAUGAAGAAAAUAUAAUUGAGUUUGAAGUUGAGAAAAUCAACGGAACUUUUUUGAUAGUUUCGGAAAAUCAUCUCACUCAAGAUUUUCGUACGCAAUUUGUUGAUAGAAAAAGUUUGGGAAAUAUACCGAAAUCACAAGCAAUGGAAGAUUCAGAAGAUGUGCUCGCACGAUUUCAUGAAGCGAUUCGCCAAGAAAAUUCUGAGAAAUUAUUUAACGUAAUAUCUGAAUCAUAUGAAAUCAGAGAUUCGGAUCAUAACCUUACGAUUAUAACUCCGACCACACCAGAUAUUUUCAAAUAUUUCCCAGAAUCUGUUUUUAAUUACAAAGUUGUUGAUUUAAUUCACGAUGGUUUUGAAGUUCAGAAUUUCUACGCUGAAGACAAUGGAAAAAUCAAAGAAUUCAAAACAAAAUAUAACAAUGGCAUUUUGUAUUUGUUAUCAGAGGAAGAUUAUUCGGAGAAAAAGAUCAAAGAUAAUUUCUACGAAUCUAACUCUAAACCAGAAUUUUACUGA